AUGGGUAAAAGGAAUUUCAAAGAUAUUUAUCGACGUAUGAAAAGGGAACACGUGACUGUGACUUGUGAAAUAUCCAUUUUCUCCGAUCAAUUCAAUCCAUCACGUAGAUAUGCUGGUGUUAUUAUAUAUGCAAUCGACGGAAAAUUUGAAUGGGAGAACCGUGAUGGUGGAAAGGAUUGUGGACGAAGACGACGAAGUUUUUACAUCAUUAUACAAUCUACAGACAACUGGCUAGAAGACUACUAUAAACCAGCAGGACAAGGAGCUGUACAUGACUACCUUUUGACAAACGUCUUGGGUAUUGAAUCUGCUCAGAAGCGAAUUGCAUGUGGUGGGUUUGCUUAUCUCCAUCAAGAACUACAAUUUAGUAGUAUUUCACUCAAUGGGAGAGACCAAACUGGUGCUGAGAGUGAUGGAGGUAGAUAUUUGAGCGAUCCUGAAAAGGUCUUAGUCACCUAUUGCUGGGAGGAGUACAAAAAGUAUGGUGCACAUCACGUAUUCUCCAUUCCGGCUUUUAUAGAUGAACUAUUAUUGAAUUAG